UUUAAAAGACGCGUGAACUUAAGUUGUGAAGGACUCAAAAUUGAAAACGUUUAUGCAGAGAUCAAAAUACACUUCGAUCGUUUUAUGUGCAUUCUGAUGCCUAAUGUCUAAAAUGAGACUAGGGCAGAGCUUUGGAGAAACUGUCGUCCAUUUUAUGUAAACUAAGUAUUCCAAAUGAUGAAAUGCCCUGGCUUAAUCUGGGACAUUGUUUAGAAGAAAAGCUUCAUAAAUACAACUGCGUGCUUUAAGGCACUUCCAACUCUAACUUCUCUUUGUACUGGAGCUUAAAGGAGUCUCAAACGCUUUCUUGCAUUUGCUUCUAAAACUUUGUUCAAUUUAGAACCUCGGUCACCGGGGAGGUUCACUUAGCGCCCAGUACAACUCAUCACCCCCAGAAUGCGAUGCCACAAUGGCUGCAUCGAGAAUGGGUGCGAUAGCGCCCACCUGCAACCUCAUCAUUUGUAGCCAGUGUAGCUGCUGCAUGCAGAUCAUCUACGGGGAGAGAAAUGGACGGCUUAACUGUGGCAAAAUCCAUGCUCUCAGCUUAUCUGCAUCCUUCUCGAACGGAUGAUGUGCAACAGGGGGUCCUUCAGCUUCUUAACUCCCUCCUUUUGAGGUAUAAUGAGGAGUUUGAUGGGGUGGUGUUGGCUUAUUAUGAUAUUAAGAUCUGCAAUUGGACUGCAAAGAUCCUCUCUGGAUUCUCUCCCUAUCUCAACUUGAAAUUAAAAGCAAAAUUGUUGCUUUUUUCUCCCAAGCCUGGAAUGGUUCUUGAAGGCAAGGUGAAUAAGGUUGAAAAGGAUUAUAUUGGGGUGAUUUUACUGGGAAUCUUCAAUGCAGCGGUUGCAUUUGAAGAUAUACCUGAAGAAUUUUGCUAUCAAGAUAAUGUUGUUGGCAUUCCUUUAUGGGCGAGCACCUCCAGUGGCCAUGUCAUAACACUUGGGAGCACGAUUAAAUUUGUUGUGAAAAGUGUGCAAGAGGAAUCAUUCCUGGAUAUCAGUGGGUCUUUGAAGCCUCCAAACACUGGCUGUGUCAACUGGCUAUUAUCAUUGUCAGAGAAGGGUUCAACAGUUUUGGAGGCAGAGAGGAAAAUUCACAAGGAAGACAGGAAAAGAGAAAUAAGAACAGAAAACAGUGAUCCCAAAGUCAACGAUGGUCACAGAGUACAUAGAGAGUUUUCUGCAGAUCAUUCUCAUGAAAGAGAACACAAGCAUACAUCAAAAAGAAAAAGGAAUAAUACAGAUGCUGAAGUCAAAGAUGUUGGUACAGUUAGUGAAGACUUUCCGGCCAAUCAAUUUCAUGAAAGAGACUACAAACACAAAUUAAAAAGAAAAAGAAAUGAUACAGAUUCUGAAAUAAAAGAUGGUGGCACAGGUAGUAUAGAGUUUCCUGCAGAUAAUUUUCUUGAAACAAAAUACAAUCACAAAUCAAAAAGGAAAAAAAAUGAUAUAGAUGCAGAUUUGUAAAUUGUAUUUCAAAAAAGUUUCACAAGAAAAUCCUUGUAAAGGUUUUUUUUCCUGAUCAAAGAGAUUUUCUAAGAAAGAUCAUUUCAAAUGAGCCUAAAUUUUUGACAGUCAAUCAAAUUCUUAUCACAACCCUCGGAUCCUACCAAAUUGAUUUGCCCUGCAAACCACCAUUUUUAACAACUUUGUUCAAAAUCCACUUAUGAGAUAUUGGUAUAAGGAUAAAUAAAAGAAUUUCCCCAUGGAUCUACCGAGGCUUUUAACUGAGAUUUUAUCAAAUAUUAAUACUUACUCUGGCUACAAGGAAGGCUUGUGAUGCAUGUUCUGGAAUGGGUACCCAUGUAAGAAAGGCCGCCAAGAGAGAGAUCAGGAAUUAAGUUUGACACUAGUAAUAGAAUCAGCCGUGGAGUUUUAUAUUAGCUGUUUUAUAUUCAGUGUAUCGGGAACUGUGUUAUUUUCUAUUCUCCUCCAACCCCCCAACCUCAUUCCCCGGCAUAUAUCUACAGCGUUAUCCUGUUAAAGCUCAGUACCUCAAAGUACAAUAAGAAUAUUAUUUUAUUCUCCAUAUCUAUUUGAUGAGCAUUGUAUGGUUUAAUUUUUCCAGAUUUGGGUAUUACAAUUUGAAAACAAACAAACCAUAUUAUUAACUAUUCAA